GUUCGCUAGACGGUGUUGCUGAUAUUUCCUCUGCGUAGUCCCGCAGCAGGUACCCUCAGCUGCUGAAGCGUGGUAGUAAUACUUGGAGUACAUUCUUGGAAGUCUUAACUGUCCUGCGCACUUGUGCAGGAUCGAGUGGGGCUGCAUUGCAUAGAAAUUGGCAUUAUUACCAGGAAAACAUGUCGAAGCAUGCGCUAAGCGCAGCAGUAAAGUCGGGGGCAGCUGACGCUGCUUCUUUGAUCCGUCGGCAUCUCAGCCCAGCUGUCGCCAGCAAUUCGAAUUUUAUCGCCGAAAGGGCAAGCGGAAGCUACAUCUACAGCACAGAUGGCCAGAAGCACCUGGACAUGGCAGCAGGCAUCGGUGUGGUGUCAACCGGCCACUGCCAUCCCAAGGUGGUCAAGGCCAUCCAGGAGCAGGCUGCCACGUUGAUCCACGCGCAACAGAACAUCUUCGCUGCCAGCACGCCAAUGGCGGGCCUGAUCGACAGGCUGCUCACAAUAGCGCCUCCCAGUCUCACGCGCUUCUUCUUCGCCAACAGCGGCAGCGAGGCGGUUGACAACGCAAUCAAAAUUGCGCGCGGCCACACCGGGCGCCAGAACAUCAUCUGCUUCGAGAACUCGUUCCACGGGCGCACAUAUGGCUCGAUGGCGCUGACAACGUCGAAGACAUAUUACCGGCAGGGGUUUGCACCGCUGAUGCCCCAGGUUGUAGUAGCGCCAUACCCCUACUGCCUGCACUGCAAAGUCCGCGAGGCCCACCCGGACGGAGACUCCUGGUACAAGAUCCAGCCGAACGUGAAGCCGUAUGAUCCGUACGAGGCGCGGGGCUGCUGCAACGCGCCUGUAGACGCGCUCAAGUGGAUCCUGAAGCAGCAGAGCGCGCCGUCAGACACCGCCGCAAUCAUCAUCGAGCCCAUCAUGGGCGAGGGCGGUUUCCUUGCGCCUCCUCCCAACUUCAUCCCGGCUCUGCGCAAGAUCUGCGACGAGCACGGCAUCCUGCUCAUCAUCGACGAGGUGCAGGCAGGCGUGGGCAGGACAGGCAAGUGGUGGGGCCACCAGCAUGUGAGCGGAGAGGCAGUGGAGCCCGACAUCAUGAUCUUCGCGAAGGGGAUCGCCUCCGGCUUUCCCUUUGCCGGCCUGGCUACGCGCGAGAACAUGUUUGAGGGCCUUGCCAGUGGCACCAUGGGGGGCACCUACGGCGCUGCCCCGCUGGCGUGCGCGACGGCAUGUGCGACGCUGGACGUGAUCAAGGAGGAGAAGCUGCUGGACAACGCCACUGCGCGCGGUCAGCAACUAGUCAAGGGCCUGCUGGAGCUGACGGGCAAGUACCCGAUCAUUGACAUCCGCGGCCGCGGACUCAUGUGCGCGGCAGAAUUCGGCGGCCGGGACGGAGGCAUGAGCGCCGAGCCGGGCGUCGCCGCAGCCGUCACCAAGGCUGCCGGCAAGCGCAACAUGCUGCUGCUCACCGCGGGCGCCAGGGAGACGGUGCGGUUCCUGCCGCCUCUGACGGUGAGCGAGGGGGAGAUCGACGAGGCGCUGCACAUCUUCGGCCAGUCCCUGGAGGAGGUCUUUGGCAGCAGCGCAGCGCAGCUCAAGGCCGCCUGAUCUGGCAGCCCUUGCCGCUGCAUGCUCCACAGAUAUGUAACAAAGAUUUCAUGGCUGAUUCUGCAGGGCUGUCUGUGUUCAGUCUUUUGUGUGUUCAUGUUGGCUGACUGUUCCGAGACUUGUCCAUAAACAAUGUGCGGGAGCCAUCUCAUUGCAGAUUUCGUGCAGACAGGCAGCAGGCAGUGUUCUGUGCAUGAGAGGGUGCGAAAACCUGGCACGCUCUGAUGCAGUACAUGAUGAGCACGUCGUGCUUGUGGGGCGGGUUUCAUGGUUGAUGCUAGCACGUUUUAGGUGGGUGAUUUUGUUGUGUGAAUGCUGCUAUUGCGGCAAACACGCCUAUGGGUUUGCAUGAUGUGCUGUAUUGGCACCAGAAACAGCAGUGCAAUGGUACUCUCUUACAAACGCUUAUUGCAAGCAGAAUGAUGUGCGAGCUUGAAAAUGCUUCUUCAGCCAUGCUUAAUUACAUCACAAUAUAUACUUACAGAGGUCAGCAGGCCUCUCCCAAUGUAAAUUCCACUCCAGCUUGUGCCCCCUCAAUUUCAGACAUCCCGUGUUCUCAGGCCGGGAUAUCCCGCUCACUGCGUGCAGCACGCAGGCGUAAAAUGCACUAAUAAUUGAUGCACCGACGCAACAGACACACUCCAGACUCCAGGUGCACCCCUUGAGGUCCCUCCUACGCCUUGUAUACAUACUUGUACAUAUACUUAUGCAAAUAUUCUUGAGCACAGACUUUGCUUGCAGGCAUGGACGACCUUGACCUGCAUCUCACAAUCUUGAACUGACACACAUGCAGCUUGAUGAAGCCAGAAAAAUCACCUCAAAAAAUCCACCGAAACCAGAGAUCACAAUUCAGAAGCCUUGCAUGCAAACGGAAGCUUGACGCAAUAAUUCACUCCUGGGUUCUGUAUGCCUGUUCCCUCUCUGCGCGUGGGCUACUCCUCAAGUUCAUAACAAGUCAAUAUUUGCAAUGUUUCGGCAUGUUCGGCACUUCUUCUGCAUGUUCUGUUCCUGCUCUAUGCUCUAACUUCCAGUUAACCCAACGAGCGCCCAAAUUGCUACAGACUUGCAAGGCAGAACGCUCGCUUCCGCUAUCCAGUGAGGACAUAUCACGCCCAGUGCAGCCAAGCAAAGCCUAGCUUCCACAAAAAGUAGCCUGUUGAGCUGGGCUAGGGG